ACAGCUUUGUGGGCUGGGGUUUGGUUUGUGUGUUUACAGUGCCCUGGCUGAGAGUUACUAGCACGGUGUCCAGUGGAAUUUUUUUCUCGGUCUCCUAGAGGAGGUGGCCCCGGUGGUGGUGGCGGUGGAGGAGGAGGAACGAGGGACAGAGGCAACACACAAACAAACAGGUGCUUUUUAUAAUUUAACCUUAUUCAUGAGCUGCACAUGGUUUAGCAGCCAUGGAUGACAAGGCUUCAGUUGGGAAAAUUAGCAUUUCUUCAGACUCUGUUUCCACUCUAAACAGUGAGGAUUUUGUCUUGGUUUCCCGACAAGGGGAUGACACACCUUCUACAAAUAAUGGUAGUGAUGAUGAAAAAACAGGACUGAAGGCCUUUACUGAGGAAGGUGUCUCCUUUAAGAUUAUAGGGAACGGCAGUGAGCAACAGCUGCAAAAGGAGCUGGAAGAUGUACUGAUGGAUCCCUCUGUGUCUGACCAGGCAGGUGAUGAAGAGCAUAGGCAAGAAAAACAUGUGUCCGAAGAAAAAAAUGAAAUUUCUACACUAGUAAUUGCCUCCUCCUCUUCUAGCCAUAUUCUUAGUGGACAUGGUGACCAAGGGAUGUGGGAUUCAAAAAAUGUAUCCUUCCCUGGAGACUUGACAGAACUCUCUCCGGGUUCACUUUCAGCCUUUCCAAAAAUAGAGAUGGUACUCCCUGUUAAAUCAUCUCAUGAUGAGGACUCUUGUGAAUCAAAUCCCACAACACCAGUGCUUGACGAAGACAGUGUUUUAUUCAGUAAACUAACUUAUCUUGGCUGUGCCUCAGUUAAUGCACCUCGGAGUGAAGUUGAAGCUCUUAGAAUGAUAUCUAUCUUGCGAAGCCAAUGUCAGGUGCCUUUAGAUGUGACUCUUUCAGUGCCUAAUGUUUCAGAGGGAACUGUAAGGUUGUUGGACCCUCUGACAAACACAGAAAUAGCCAACUAUCCUAUCUAUAAAAUAUUGUUCUGUGUGAGGGGUCAUGAUGGGACACCUGAAAGUGAUUGCUUUGCAUUUACUGAAAGCCACUACAAUGCAGAAAUUUUUAGAAUUCAUGUCUUCCGAUGUGAAAUCCAAGAAGCGGUUAGUCGGAUAUUGUACAGCUUUGCUACUGCUUUUCGAAGGUCAGCCAACAAAACUCCACUGUCUGCAAAUCCUCCUCCAUUAACCCCUGACAGCAAUGUCUUCACAUUUACGGUUUCUUUAGAAAUCAAAGAAGAUGAUGGAAAAGGCUCGUUCAGUACAGUCCUGAAAGAUAAGGAUAAGCAGUGCUUCAAAUUACGCCCUGGGAUGGACAAGAAAAUUGUCAUAUAUGUUCAACAAACUUCAAAUAAGGAACUACAAAUAGAAAGGUGUUUCGGACUCCUACUGUGUCCUGGCAAAGAUGUACGCAACAGUGACAUGCAUUUGCUAGAUUUGGAAUCCAUGGGUAAAAGUUCUGAUGGAAAGUCCUAUGUAAUAACUGGAAGCUGGAAUCCUAAUACGCCACAGUUCCAAGCAGUUAAUGAAGAAACCCCAAAAGAUAAACUGAUGUAUAUGACAACAGCGGUUGAUCUGGUUAUCACUGAAGUUGAAGAACCUGUACGAUUUCUUUUGGAAACCAGAGUUCGAGUAUGUGCUCCCAGCGAGAGAGUGUUUUGGCCUUUUAGCAAGCGGAGUUACACGGAAACAUUCUACUUAAAGCUAAAGCAGAUGGAACGCAAAGACAGAAAGAGUAACACAGACACAUUGUAUGAAGUUGUAAGCCUAGAGAGUGAAACUGAACGAGAGAGGAAAAAAACAACUGCCAGUCCUUCUAUUCAUCUUGUUCAGUCCGGCUCACAGAGCUCAAUUAUCCCUUCUCCACCUGAGGAUGAUGAGGAAGAAGAUAAUGAUGAACCUUUGUUGAGUGGUUCUGGAGAUGUUUCAAAGGAAUGUGCAGAGAAGAUACUGGAAACCUGGGGAGACCUUUUAUCAAAGUGGCAUCUCAACCUGUCUGUGAGGCCAAAGCAGCUUCCAACCCUUGUAAGAAGUGGCAUCCCUGAAGCUCUGCGAGGAGAAGUUUGGCAGCUCCUGGCUGGCUGCCACAAUAAUGAUCAUCAAGUGGAAGAAUACAGAACUCUUAUCACUAAGGAGUCUCCUCAAGACAGUGCUAUUACCAGGGAUAUCAAUCGAACAUUUCCUGCUCAUGAUUACUUUAAGGAUACUGGAGGUGAUGGACAAGAUUCUCUCUACAAGAUAUGCAAGGCCUAUUCUGUAUAUGAUGAAGAAAUUGGUUACUGUCAAGGCCAGUCUUUUCUUGCUGCUGUACUUCUCUUACAUAUGCCUGAGGAACAGGCAUUUAGUGUUCUGGUCAAGAUCAUGUUUGACUAUGGGCUCAGGGAACUUUUCAAACAAAACUUUGAAGAUUUGCACUGCAAAUUCUUUCAGCUGGAGAGGCUUAUGCAGGAGUACAUUCCAGAUUUAUUUAAUCACUUCACGAAUAUUGGCCUUGAAGCACACAUGUAUGCUUCCCAGUGGUUCCUUACAUUGUUUACAGCAAAAUUCCCUCUCUACAUGGUCUUCCACAUCAUUGAUCUUCUACUCUGUGAGGGUAUAAGUGUUAUCUUCAAUGUUGCACUUGCACUGCUGAAGACUUCAAAAGAUGAUCUCCUUUCAACAGACUUUGAAGGGGCUUUAAAAUUCUUCCGUGUUCCAGUCCCUAAAAGGUACAGAUCAGAAGAAAAUGCCAAAAAGUUGAUGGAGCUGGCAUGCAGCAUGAAGAUAAGCCAGAAAAAGCUGAAGAAAUAUGAAAAGGACUACUAUACUAUUAGAGAGCAACAGGCCCAACAAGAGGCUCCAAUUGAAAGAUAUGAGAGGGAAAACAGGCGCUUACAGGAAGCGAACAUGAGACUUGAACAGGAGAAUGAUGACCUUGCGCAUGAGCUGGUUACCAGUAAGAUAGCACUGAGAAAAGACUUGGACAACGCUGAAGAGAAGGCAGACGCUUUGAAUAAAGAGCUAUUAAUAACGAAGCAGAAAUUAGUUGAUUCAGAGGACGAAAAAAGAAGAUUAGAGGAAGAGGCUACUCAGCUUAAGGAAAUGUGUCGGAGAGAGCUAGACAAGGCUGAAUCUGAAAUCAAAAAGAAUGGAUCGAUUAUUGGGGAGUAUAAACAGAUCUGUUCUCAGCUUAGUGAAAGACUGGAGAAACAGCAGACUGCAAAUAAAGGGGAAUUAGAAAAAAUUCGGCAAAAGGUGGAGGGGUGUGAAAAGUGCAAGGAGCUUUUCAGCAAAGAAGGAAAGUUAAAGGUGGUAACCAGUGUAAAGGAAGGCUCAGAAGAGGAUAUGGACGAGGAAAAAGAAUCACUGAAAAACCAACUAAGGGAAAUGGAGCUUGAACUGGCACAGACAAAACUGCAGCUUGUUGAAGCUGAAUGCAAAAUUCAGGAUUUGGAGCACCAUUUGGGCCUGGCUUUAACUGAAGUACAAGCUGCAAAGAAGACCUGGUUUAACAGAACGUUAAGCUCGAUCAAAACAGUGACUGGUGCCCAGGGAAAGGAGACCUCCUAACAAAACCACUGCAGCAGUGACUUGAGACAAUGUAUUCUGUUGCCUUUGAGACCAGUUUUCUUUUUUUAAGAUAAUGUACUAGAGAGGACCAGAAUAUGGAACUUCAUGCUUCUAUUAUUUUAUUUUUAAAGGUCAAUAAUGAGAGAGAUGUUUGAAAUUGUAACUUAAAUAAAAAAAAGAGUUUAACUUAAGAUGCGUCUUUAUACUACUGAUACAAUAUCUAACAGGUGGUGUAGCUAGCAGAGUGCUACACUCUUUCUAAACACUCCCAUUCUAGUGGGUUUACUGGUGGCUGCUUGCACAGAGCUAGAAUCACAACUUUGGUACGAGAUUAAGCUCCUGGUUUUGCUUUUCAUUACACACAACUUGAACCCCAUUCGUAGAAAUAAGUAACAUUGUGUGGUGUUGUACAGACUGACACUGGAGUGAUGUCUGGCACGUGAGUAGGCUAAUCAGCAGUGAAGUACAAAGAAACAGAAAAACAAGCAGUCUGUGGACUGAAUGGGCAGCCGGUUUUCAUAACUGCUUAAUGAUAACAGAUCUUUUUCCCUGAUAGCCACAUUUGCUUUACUCUACAGUGGUGUCUGAAGGGAAUAAGACAACUGUUGAAUAUUUACUGUUAUGUUUAAAAUAUAGUCCAUUCCAAUACAUUGUUUGUUUAGCUGCCUCUUACCCUGUUCUUCCUUUUUUUUUGGCCCCCCGAUUCCUGUGCUCGGUCAGUCAAACCAAGUCACACCCUUACCAUCCUUCAGCAUUGUGCAUACAGCCCAGGCUGUGCCUCUAAAAGUGCGCACAGCACAGGAGCCUGUGAGGCUUUCCUCCACUCUGGGGUUUCAUUAGAAGGGAGGUCUUUGCACCUUAUUCCUCCAUGUUUAUAAUUGUCCAUUUUCUUUUAAAAUUGUUGUCAUGUUGUGAGUGUGUGAGCAAGUUAAGCGUGCAUGUGAGUGUGAGUGAGUGUGCACAUUGAGAACACUGGUAAAACCAGGUGUUUCUGUGCUUGUGUACUGUAUAUAUAUACAUAAAUAUAUAUAUAUGAAGAAGAGCAUUUCAGUUUGUUUAUUUUGUAUUACUACUUUCCCCAGUAAAACUGUACUGUUUCCUAAUGUACCAUGUAAAAGGUCAGACAUGUUGAUGCUAAAGCUUUUGUCUUAAAUGUCUUUCUGUUGUCUCGUUGUUUAAUGCCAAAUGUUAUAUCUUCAUUCAGCAUUACAAAAGAGUGGACAUAGUAAUAAAGACUGUAUUGUGUGUUAUUCAUGCAUACAAAUAUAACUUGUAAAAA